AUGAAGACGAAGUUGAAAGAAAGGCUAGAAAAUCGAAAGCAGGGAGCAGCGGUCGAACUUAGGAUGCUAUACGAACUAGCAUUGUUACCGAGCAGGAUGAGGACCUGUCCAUCGCGUGGAGCUGAAAAAGGAAGGCCUUCAUUUAAAAAUCCUGCUGCUUUCGACCAUAGGUACGUGAAGGGGAAGGAGACGGACCCACUCGGUAGUAGGAACGAAGAAUGUAUACGAGAGGCGCUCAAGUAUGCCAAGAAUAUCAGUAGGAUGAAAAUAAAUGUUACAAGGAAAGCGGGGCUCAAAAGGAUCGUCCAAAUCAUUAACGCUGAGACUAGAGACACAUUCGUAGGAAAAGACAAUUGCGAAGUACUCGCCAAGGACAUUAGCCUUGUCAGAAUCAUGAAGAACAUGGCCAUUGCUGUAACGGCAAUACUUCUCACGUCAUUCCUUGCUCCAGCGAUCAGUCAAGGCAGUGUUUACGAAUUGAUGAAAGAUGCGACCGGAUUCUCAGACAACGACAUCUACUUACUCGCAAAAGUUAUCAGGAUGUACGGUCAUAGGAACGUGGACAUCCUGAAACACGUGAAUCUACGCCUCUAUGAGAAGAUUCGAGAUUUCAACCACCGCAAAUACGACAUUCUAAGCUCUAAAAGCCAAGACUUCAUUAAUAAGAUGUUUGAAGGAGCAGUCGGCGAAUAUGACAGGAGGCCUAGCUAUUAUACGUGGCCAAGACUUCAAACCGAUUUCCGCGCUCUUGACUCAAGGUACUGCAUUGAGCUGAUAACAACAUUCCCUGCACUUUCCAGGCUUGGUAGCUGUGAAAAGGGCUCUACGGUAGCCCCACUUCCUUCUACCACAUCAGCUCCAGCCGUCAUCAUGACUGCUCCUAGCACUUGCGCCAUCGAUAAAGAGAAAAUUUCAGAUGUUAAAGUACAUCUGAAUAGGGCACAAAACACUUUGAAACGAAAUGGAGUGAAUACCGCGUGGAAUAAAACAGGCGAAGACGAUGAUAUUGUCCAAGCAUUAGACUCUCUUAACUUGUCACUCUCUGAAAAAUAUGAUAUAAGAGAAGUUUUAGACGGCAUACGGAACGCGCUUCGUUCUCCUAAGGGAAACAAAGCAGACGACAGCAGUGUGCCCACUAGAAAAGUUACAAUGGCCCUUAUGAAAGCUUCGCAGAGUUUCGUAGGCGCGCUAGCGAAAUGCUACCCUGACCUCUUUAAAUUUAAAGAGCAAAUCGAAAAAUUUGCCGAAGAUGUGAGAAAGAAAGCGCUAACCUACAAAGCUGGUAGAGAGGAUGUCGCUUGUGUUUUAAGUUCUGUAUAUCAUGCGUUUGCUUGA